CGUUCAUUUCUGGACGCUUGAGCACGUUUACAGUAUUAAAUGGUCCUUCUGUUCACAAGUAAUUCAUGGUCACAACUCCCGAUAGAUCAAUUAUAGAUAAUCCAUCGAUCAGCAAACUCAUCAUUGAUGAACCUCGCCUUUGUACAUGUACAGUACACAACCUGGGAAUGAGAUUGAGAUCAGGACAAUAAGCACUCUUCCAUUUCAUUGUUUCAGAUGAGUGCAAUGAACGGGUCCGCUUCGCCGAUACAAUAUAUACCAGUAUUGUAGACCCGACUCGUGGAUUGGGGAUAAGCAGAUGUAAGUUGGCGCCGUUGCUAUGGACCGUUGCCAGGCAGCAGAGACGCCAUUACUGCAAUGAAAAACACAUGUGUACAUUCCCUCCAUAGGAACAGGAACAACAUGCGUCAUGCGUGAUCAAGCGAGGUAGCGCUUGCAGAAACUCGGAGACAAAUCAAAUAUAUUUUCUUACUCGGAUUUCACCGCACUUGCGCAUAGAAAAAGUGGAAUAAAUUUAAAUUGGGGCUGAAAUCUUCCAAGAUGGCCGAUAACACAGCGUAUCCUCCUGGACAAACAGGUCCACCCCCGCAAGGUUAUGGCGGGCAACCAAAUCAAUAUGACCAGGGUCAGCCACAGUAUGGACAAGCACAACCAGGUUAUGGCCAAUCUCAACCAGGUUAUGGCCAACCUCAACCAGGUUAUGGCCAACCUCAACCAGGUUAUGGCCAACCUCAACCAGGAUACGGGCAACCUCAACCGGGGUAUGGGCAGCAACAAGGGACGACAAACGUAACCAUCAUCCAAACACAGCAACAGAAACCAGCCAGCUAUCUUGGCUUCUCUAUCUUCGUCCUCAUCUGCUGCAAUCCGUUAUUCGGCCUCAUUGCUCUCAUCUUCUCCAUCAUGUCCAACAGCGCCGCAGACGGAGAUGACAUGGAGGGCGCAAGGUCCAAAGGAAAAGUUGCAAUGUGGAUCAAUGUCUCCGGGAUUAUUUUGACUUUCGUCAUCGUCAUUGUUGUCCCUGUCAUCUACUUCACAGUCAUUUUGCCGGCACAACUCGCAGCAGCAUUUCAUAGUGUAGGUUAAAGAUGCAUAUGAUUCAUCUGUUUACACUGUUCACAAAAACGAAAUUUGGCAUUCAUAGUAUUCGUUUACAACUCCACACAACAGGGUUGUUAUAAUUCAUAUUCAGAACCAAUUUCAACUUUCAAAUUUGGAAUGAACAAACCAAUAAACUUUAAACUUUGUUGGGGGGGGGGGGGAGAAGGACACGACUUGAUUUUCACCCAGGGAUUGUGUACAUACUGCACCAAUGUAUAAAGUAAUUGAUUGUAAAUAUACAUGAAAUGUAGAUUAUUUUGCAAUGUGGCGCUCUCAAGAUGAAAUGAGCUGUACAUAAUGCACUUCUUUCACCAGGAUAUUGUAGAACCUCCGUAUCAAGGACACCAUGGUGGCCAUGACAAAUGAUGCCCUUGACGGAGAGGUUCCUCAUUACAGAGGUUAAAUCCUGAAAACGCCUAUGAAUAACUAGCAUAAUUGUGCCAUAAAUCGAAGAUUCUGGAAUUUUAUCUUGACUGUUGUAUUGUACUUCAAGAUUUAUGUCAUUUUAUGUAAAUAACUUUUUGCUAUAAAUGUGCCAUACACUACCUCUUAGACGAGCCUUCAUCAACCAAUGAGAAACAAAGACAACUGUUGACGGGUUUACCCCUGCCAAGGGGUGCCUCAUCUACAAUAGGCAUAUUCUCUGUAAUAGACCUCGUGAAAAAGAGGCCUCUUAACCAACACAGUAUAUAUUCUGCAAUGUAAAUGUGACCCAGUCCAGCAAAACCAGUCGCAUGUCGCUCUGAGCUUGGCAGGUUGAGACGGACUGUUUGUUCAUUUCACUAUUGUCUGCCUUUUGUGAAAUCCGAGGACAUCAAUUUCUUCUAUUAUUAUUCUAUCAAAUAUCAAUGCAACAUACAUGUCUGUUCAACAUGCCAAAGCUUCAUCCUUGGCAAAUUCAUAUGUUUUGGACGUAUUUCUUCUGAAGGGUCACUCAAUGAUGGUCCAAGACUACUUGCCAGACCCUCCCACGCGUUAAGUCAUAUGAAACUCGAUACCAUUUGUACAAAGAGCAGACUACGUGGUAGCGCAGUGGAAGAGAGUCGGCCUCAUGAUCAGGAGGUCGUGGGUUCGACUCCCGACCGAGUCACUGCUCAGUUCCCCUACUGGUCGAGUUCAAGUGAGCGAGAACUAAAGUGUCACAGAAUUGCGCUAUAUAUAAAAGACUCAUUAUUAUAAUCUUCGGACAGAAAAACUAAACUUUUCAAAAUUACAACGAAAAUGACCCCUUUUGAUAAUGCUUGGGUUUGCAUUUAUUUGAAAACUACGAUACUUAUGAAUAUAAAGAAGCAUAAUUCAUCAUGUGUAUACUCUUUAAUGAGAGAAAUAUAUCAAUAAAUGAAGUGUAU